CGUGAAGGCAGAUUAAACGCCAUCAUGGCCGCUCUCAGACCCCUUACCAAGCCUAAGAUCGUCAAAAAAAGGACUAAGAAGUUCAUCAGGCAUCAGUCAGACCGCUAUGUAAAGAUCAGGCGCAACUGGAGGAAGCCACGAGGUAUUGAUAACAGGGUCCGCAGGCGCUUCAAGGGCCAGAUGCUGAUGCCCAACAUCGGUUAUGGUAGCAACAAGAAGACCAAGCACAUGCUGCCGUCUGGCUUUAAGAAGUUCUUGGUGCACAACGUCAAAGAGCUCGAAGUCCUUCUAAUGAGCAACAAGAGCUACUGUGCAGAGAUUGCCCACAACGUCUCCUCAAAGAACAGGAAGGUGAUUGUGGAGCGAGCGGCUCAGUUGGCCAUCAAGGUCACAAACCCGAACGCAAGACUCCGCAGCGAAGAGAACGAAUAAUCUGGAAAUCUUGUCUUUUCAAUAAACCUUAAAAUCAUAAAAACC